AGCUACUACAUCCGGGCGAUCUGCUCGGUUUUACCAGCCCUGCGAAGAUGGCGACUUCAGGGAGGAGUGCAUUAUUAUCCUCCACCUCAGCUGGACCUAAGAACACACUGGAGAACUCCAACCCAGAGGAGGAUGACGGCCAGAACUUAUGGUCGACCAUCCUGAGUGAAGUGUCCACCCAUUCAAGAUCAAAGCUACCGUCUGGGAAAAAUGUCCUGGUCAUGGGUGAGGUGGGCUCGGGGAAGACCACCUUGGUUGCUAAGCUACAGGGUGUUGAAGAAUACAUGAAAGGGCGUGGCCUGGAAUACCUCUACUUCAAUGUCCAUGACGACGACAUUGAUGACCACACCAGGUGUAAUGCCUGGGUGUUAGACGGAGACCUCUACCACAAAGGUCUGCAGGGAGUAGCUGUACCAGUGGAUACAAUUGGAGACACGUUGCUGCUGAUAACAGUUGACAUGUCACGGCCAUGGAAUGCCUUGGACUCUCUGCAGAAGUGGGCCGCUGUCGCUAGGGAACACAUCGACAAACUCCGGGUCGCCCCGGAAACACUGCGUGAGCUAGAACACAGAAUUGUAAAGCAGUUCCAGGAGUACACAGAGCCAGGCAGUGGGGAGGAUGGCACCCCACAGAGGAGGAGCGAAGACGAGGAGAGUGUCCUUCUACCAUUAGGAGACAACACACUCACACACAACUUAGGCAUACCAGUUGUGGUCGUCUGCACUAAGUGUGAUGCCAUCAGCACAUUGGAGAAGGAACAUGACUACAGAGAUGAACACCUGGACUUCAUCCAGUCUCACAUCAGACGCUUCUGUCUGCAGUAUGGAGCGUCUCUGGUUUACACGUCGGUGAAGGAGAUGAAGAACUUGGACGUUCUGUAUAAAUACUUGGUUCACAGACUCUACGGCUUUCCCUUCCACUGCCCUGCGCAAGUGGUGGAAAGAGAUGCUGUCUUCAUUCCGUCAGGUUGGGACAAUGAGAAGAAGAUUGCAAUACUCCAUGAGAACUUCCAGACUGUAAAAUCAGACGACAGCUUUGAAGACGUAAUAGUCAAACCGCCAGUCAGAAAGAUUGUUCAUGAAAAGGAGAUUCAGGCUGAAGAUGACCAAGUGUUUCUGGUUAAACUGCAGUCGCUGCUAGCCAAACAGCCUGCUGUGACAGCAGGGCGACCAGUGGACACCACCAGCAGAGCACCCACCGGCUCCCCCAGGACGAGUAAUCGCUCAGCAGCUGCCAACGUAGCGAACGCCAUGCCACAGUCAGGUCAGACCAGUGAGGGCGUGUUGGCCAACUUCUUUAACAGUCUACUCACAAAGAAGGCGGGAACAGGGGGACCCGGGACGCCAGGCGGCGGUAACAACACUCCAGGAACCGUACGCAAGUCAGACAUCUCGAACAUUACACCUGGUUCUAAAUUGGGCCUGAGCGAUGUACAGGCGGAGCUGGACCGCAUUUCCAGUCGUGAGACUGACUCAGAUUUGCCCAAUGCCAACGAGACCCCUGCCACUGACGGCCAGGACACAUGAAGACGAACACACACUUCAUCCUGCUCUCCUUCUCUCUCACCCCCUCCCCCUCAGUCACCCUUCACCUCCCUCACCUUUUUCUCCUUCCGUUGCCAUCUUCUGCUUCAUUAUUAUAAAGAUGUGAGGAGAGAGAUAGAAGUAGGAGAAAAGGGCAGAGUGGACACCGUUCCCCACUCCCUCCUAUCAUCUUUUACUUUCCUAAAAGAAAAGAACUCGACCCGUUUUCCCCCUAAACCCCCUCAGAAACCUCCCUCUUUUCUCUUCCUGGCUGUUAUGCUGAGGGUGAUUAUGUGUCACUGUUACAUACAAGACUGUCUGUUACAUGAGCGCAAAUGGAUAAAGGGACCAUUGGGGAUGUGGAGGUUGGGAUGAAAAGAACCCAAGGAAGGAAAGUGAGAGGUGGAUUGAAAAAGAUAAUUGCAAGAGUGAAAGUGAGGCUCCAUCCAUUUAUUGUGAUGGUAUGAUGAUUCCUGUUUUAUAUUGUAGGAAAUGCUGAAGGGCGCAUGUUGAAGAAACUGCACUUAGGUACUGUAGGGAUGAUUGUGUGAGUGUUUGUUGAUCAUGCUUGGCCAGUGAUUUCUGAUGGAGGAAGAGAUUAAGAAAAAAAAAAAAGAAAAACUGAAACAAAAUUGCAAACAGCUUGUUUUUUAAGAUGAAGGGACAAACAAAACCAGUAUUUGUGUGUGUGUCUGUGUGAUUGUGUGUGUGAGUGUGUGUGUGAACAAAAGGGAGUGUGAGGCACAUGUAGAUAAAAUUAAGGAAGUUACUUCAACCUAGAACUGUACGUUGAGAGACUUUUGGCUGGUUGCGUUUUCAACCAAAUGGCAAAAACAUUACUAUGCUCUUACACUACAAGCUCUUAAAACAGUGCAAACACUAUUAUUACAGCAGCCUGUCUGCUAGACUACGUAACAAACACAAUACUACAAAAAAAAAUAAAUAAAUUUCAAGUCGAAGCACUAGUCCUGUGGAGAAAGCACCUGAGAUCUGUCAUGGCACCCUGUUACAAUUGGCCAAACUCCCCAUCAUGUUACAUAGCACUCAGAGCCCUAGACUGCAGGCAGUGCACUGAAAAAUGAAGAAGGGUGGGUAGCUGAGCUUUACUUGUACAGAAAGACACACUAGUGAUUCAGUUCCAUAGUUACUGCAGCGGGCAGGGUGACGGGCGGGAGGGGGUCAGAAUACGGGAGCGUCACAUCAAGAAUGUACAGUCAUUGUCUCGCUGAUUGGUCCUGUUAUUUCAGAGCUCUGUGUUGGCGUUUGUAUAAUCAGAUCUGUUAAUCAGUCAAAUAAAAGGUGUAUUUAUUCGGAUUCA